AUGUGUUUUCAGGAACAAUUCAUUGUAAAUAAGAUGUUCCGCUCUGGGAUGCGUCGGAACGUUAGAAUGCUUCUUGUCGGUGAAAGAGGUGUUGGAAAAACAUCGCUUAUCCUCUCACUCGUCAGUGAAGAAUUUCCUGAAGACGUACCUAGCAAGGCGGAAGAAAUUAUAAUCCCACCAGAUGUUACACCUGAACAAGUACCUACACACAUUGUAGAUUAUUCGGCUGCUGAACAGUCAGAAGAAAUGUUAACUGAUGAAAUUCAACGCGCCCAUGUCAUAUGUAUUGUGUAUUCCGUGGAGGAUGAAAUAUCAUUUGAGAAAAUAACUACAUAUUGGCUACCACUCAUAAGAGAAUGUAAUCCGGAUCGUCGCUGCCCUGUGGUUCUUGUUGGAAACAAAGUUGAUUUGGUAGACUAUUCCACUAUUGAAAGUAGUAUCGGUGUUAUGGAUGAAUUCCCAGAAAUUGAAAGCUGUGUUGAGUGCUCGGCAAAGACCCUGAAGAAUAUCUCGGAGAUGUUUUACUAUGCACAGAAGGCCGUCCUGCAUCCAACUGCUCCACUUUACACCGUGGAGCGGCAAGAUCUCACAGAAGAAUGUAAGGCAGCACUAACAAGAAUUUUUAAGAUCUGUGACGUGGACAAUGACGAGUUACUAAAUGAUGAGGAGCUGAAUUUUUUCCAAAAACGGUGUUUCAAUGCCCCAUUGCAGCCACAGGCAUUAGAAGAUGUAAAAUCUGUCUUAAGACGCAAUUUAUCAAAUGGAGUUUCAGGAAAUGCAAUCACAAAAAAUGGUUUUCUGUUUCUUCAUUGCCUCUUUAUUCAGAGGGGAAGAAAUGAAACAACUUGGACUGUGCUACGCAAAUUUGGAUAUAAUGAUAAUCUUCAAAUAGCGCAAGAAUUCUUGCAUCCACCUCUUCGAGUGCACAGUGGCUGUACUACGGAACUGAGUCACAAGGGUCAACAGUUUCUUUCCACAUUAUUCAAUCAUCAUGACAAGGACAAAGAUGGAGCCCUUUCACCCAAAGAAUCUGAAAGUCUCUUUUCAGCGUGUCCUGUUCCCCUUUGGGGCAAUGACAUGUGCAACACUGUUUUACAAGAGAGAAACGUCUAGAUCUACUGAAGAAGCAAUCUGGACGCAAUGUGUACCAGUGUCACGUAAUCGGUCCGAAAGGAUCAGGGAAAUCGAUGUUUUGCCGAAGCUUUAUAGGACAAACAGUUGAGACAGUUACUGAGACAGGGUUGCUUGAUAAUCCACAAUGCACAAUAAAUACUGUGCAGGUAUAUGGGCAAGAGAAGUACUUAAUGCUGCGUGAUAUUGAUGUGCGGAAUGUUUCUGAACCAUUAACACCAUCAGAAGUACAAUGUGAUGUAGCCUGCCUUGUUUAUGAUGUCAGUGAUCCAAAGUCCUUUGAAUACAUUGCCCGAUUAUUUUUGAAAUAUUUCAUCGAUACAAAGAUCCCAGUUCUGAUAGUUGCUAACAAAAGUGAUUUGGAGGAGGUACAUCAAGAUUAUUUACUACAGCCCUCCAGCUUCUGCAGUCGAUAUAAAUUACCGCCUCCCCAUCCAUUCACAGCAUCAAAGAAAAUUAAACGAGACAUCUAUGUUAAACUGGCAACAAUGGCAGCAUUUCCUCGAUUUCAGGCAGCUUGGAUAUUAUUCUACAAGACAAGCAACCUACGUCGCUUGGUUCAUGUUCUUUUAUUGCGAUCACAACCCAGUGAAUGGUUCAAUCAAUACUUCAGGCAUUUGAAACAUUUGAAUAUAUUCAACGGUGAUUCAGCCGUUUGGUGGAAGGCAGGACUUGGGAUUGCUGCAGCUACUGCUGUGGGACUGCUUGUCGUUAAAGUUCUCAAAGCUGAACGAAGAUAGUCUUCCAGUUGCAGAUACAAUAAUGGAGAAAAUUCUCUUUGUGCAAUAAAUUUUCUAUAAUCAUUAUUUAACAGUAAUUUAUACUGUGCAUAUAUUUUUGUACAUUCAUAUUAUAAAUAUGCUGGGCCAAAUAUGCAAAGGGGAAGAAAAAACUACCUUUCAAGAGUACAAAGCUCAUAAUUAUUGCACCUGUAAAUUUGGUGUAAAGAUUAUCUGGCUGCUGCAAUUGAUUUUUAGUUUUUGUACAUAUUUAAUACAAAUAUCAGAAGUCAUCAAUAUUAUU